AUGCCCACACCGGAGCAGGGAUGGGCUCUCUAUCAAGCGCAUCUAGAGUGGGCUAGACAGGCAGCGGAGCGCUAUGACCAGGCUGGUAAUGUGGUCUACCCGCCCCACGUGGACCCCAACGCCGCGGACGCUACGACGGGAUCUCUGGCUGGUCUUCCGGGUCCCGUAGUCUGGUCCUGGAACGGCCCGUGGACGCAGAAGGCUUUCGAGAAUCGCUAUGUGGUAAUGAGCGAUUUCGACAAUUUUGGCUACUCGACGGCGUCUGGAGUAAGCAAGCUCACAAAGCCGGACUGUGUCGACCGAAACGUGGGAGAGAUCGCCGCCAUCAAAUAG